CGCACAGUGCAGCCAACAGCGAUGACGCACGCUGCUCGCGUGUGUGCAGUGGUGGUGCUGUGCUUGGUGGCCGUGCCACUGUGGAUGGCACACCACCAACGCUACGCCAGUGUGGAGAACAAGUGCCACAUGACAUACAUGUACCCCAGUUACACGGCACUUGAAGCGCCACAUCACCCUAGAUACCGGCUACUCGUCUACAAGGAACGUGCCAGGCCCAUUGCGUUGCGUGGUCGCCCAGUCCUCUUCAUCCCAGGGCAUCUCGGCAGCUAUGAGCAGGUUCGAUCACUGGCAUCAAAGCUGGAUGUCAUGCCUGGACUGCCUGUUCCAAGUGCCAACACACAUGGCAUGAGUGGCCGUAAUCACGCAGGCCACGUGUCAACCGGCUUUGACGUGUUCACCAUCGACUUCCGCGAAGAGCCCUCUGGCCUCUCUGGAUUCGUCUUGCAAGAGCAGCAGGUGUUUGUCACCGCAUGCAUCCGGGCCAUUCGUCAUCUCUACCAGCAGUCCUCCAUUGACAUGCGUCCAGUGAUUAUGAUCGGCCACUCCAUGGGUGGUGUCAUCGCACUCGCGUCCGUCCAACCAACUUCCCUCGUGGCAGAGUUCGUCUCCACAGUGGUCACCCUGGCGGCCCCUCUUGCCCGUCCACCGCUUGCCUAUCCCGGGCUUGUGCGUGCAUAUGGUCAGCUGUCCACGACCCCUUCACUGCCAUCACCGGCAGACGCAGCAGCCCUGCCUGCACGUGUGUUCGGCAGCGCUGCUGUUGUUGUCGUCUCUGGUGGCGCUCGCGAUGCACUCGUGCCGCCAGCACUAACACUCCCAGCUCACCCGGUACUCCGCCGCUUGGCUGUCGACACGUCGCUGAUGCCUGAAGUCCUCGUCCCCGCUGACCACCUGUGUGUCCUCUGGUGCCACCAACUCGUCACCACACUUUCGCACACCAUCGCCGCUGCCGAGAGGCGAGUCCCCACCACCGGGUCCAUCAUCGGCAGCAGCGGCGCCAUCAAUGACGCCGCUGCUCGUCAACAUGUGUACAUGCGUACAUUUGAGUCACACGCGCCCAUUCCGCCCAUCUACACAUUGACACAUCCACGACAGGUGCCAGUGCCGGCCUCAUCAUCGUCAUCAGCACAGCUCUUGCUGCUGAAACCCGCUCGCCCCGGCACCACAUCCACGUUUGCACUUCCCUUAACCCCCAUUGAUGAGCACAAGAGCAGCAGUGAUUAUGGUGAUGAUGGUGGCGACAAUCGCCACAGCGACGCCACACCCAACGCUGCCAUGCGUGGUGACAGCUUGCGUGUGCGUGCAUUUGCGCUCGAGUCGCGUGUGCGCCCGUCUGUACUCAACAUUUCCCUCUGCAGACAGACUGCGGAAGGCACCCACGGCAGCCGUGGUGAUGGCGGUAGCGAUGGUGAUGAUGAUGAUGAUUUUGAGCAACAAUGGGAGGUUGUGUCGCGGCGUGUGGAUGAGACGUGUUUGGAGACGAGUGACCUCUGGGCAGUCCGAACUGCUGAUUCUGGAGAUGGUGUGACAGCGACGUCACGGAAGCGACGCAAGCACCUUCGUGGCAAUGGCGAUGGCGUUCAUGUGGGCACGGUUCGUGUCUGGGAGCCAGCUCCUGGCGCACAACAGCAGCAGCACGGGCAGCACGGACGGCGCUUAGAUCUUCCUCUCCAAGCACACGGUGCACCAUUGGCAUCUUCACCAUCAUCUCCUUCAUCGUCUUCAUCACCGUCGUCAUCGUCGUCAAGCAUGCACAGGCAACGUCCCUGCUUCACGUCGCGUGCCACACAUCUGUGCAUCACCACAAACGGCGCUCUGUCGCUCACACCAAUCAAGCACCAGCACCAGCAGCGGAACGAAGGCGAGCGUGGGCAGGCAGGUCUGAAGCGUGAUGGAGGGGAGCGUGAGCAGCCAACCCAAAGAGCCCACCUACCACCACAGCCACCAACAGCGACACCAGCAACAACACCUGCACCAACGAGCACAACAGCACCACCACUGACAAAUACCACUCUGCCACCAAGCCCGCAUGUGCACGUGGUUGAGCCCCCGUUCCCAUGGCCGCUGCAGCCACUGCUGGGUGGCGUGGCACUGUGCUUCGAGUCGCGCAUUGUGUGCCCACAUGCCAGCGACGGUUCCUGCGUUCGCGCCGUGUUAGCACAGCAGCGGCAGCCCUCCUACGGCACAUGGGGAGAGGACACAACCAUGACAAGGGAAGCAACAAGACCAUCGGCAGGAGAAGCAGCAGUGAGGCGAGGAGGUGCAGCAGGUGAAGGUGUCGGCGUUGGCAGUCGUGCUGGUGUCGUGGACUCAUCAUCGUCGAUAUCGUCAUCACCGGGCGUUGUAGUCUCGUUCUGCGAUGAGUUUCCCCUCGCGUCGUCGGCUCCGCUGCAAGUGCUCGUCUUUUCCAAUUCGCGCGACGCUGGCACCUCCCCUCGCUAUCACAUCCGCACGCACAUCAACAUCGUGCAGUCGUUUGCUCACAACGUCCAGCGAGUCCUGCAUGUCGUGCCCGUGUUUGUGUGCGUCUUCGCCACGGCAACGCUCCUCCUCAAGCUCAUCUCCCCUCGCUCCAAUGCAGCAGAGACGGACGAGCAAAGCAACCACGACGACCGCGUGAAGCUGUUUGCGUGGGGCUGCGUUGCAUCCGUGACGCUGACCGGCACCAUCUGGGCUGCAGUGUACGGGAUUGUGCAGCCGCUCCUGUACGCCGUGUCCUGUAUCGCUCGUGCUGUCACACAACGUGGGUCAGCAGCAGCAAAGAGAAGCACGGAUGGUGACGUGCAGAACGACGACGACGACGACGACGACGACGACGACGACGCAGAGUAUAUGGCACCCACCGCACCCUCGGUCCGCGGUCCAAGAGAAAACUCACGGCUGCAGCUGGCUGCGAUGAUUGCUGUCCUGGCUGUGAUGUUUGCAUACCCGUUCCUCGGGUGGCUGUGUGGCCUUGCUGUUCUCUGCUGCUGCUGCUUCCCUGCCUUGAGCGGCGAGGAUGGCACUUUUGCCCAUGACAACACAUUGCACCUCAUCACGGUGUGGCUAUGUUUGGUUCCGCUGGUGCUGGAGGAUGUUGCACAUAUUGUCGCCCGCGCCCGAUACCGGCAGGCACCGGUGCUGCGUGUAGUGUGGCAUGAUGCGUUCCACGUGUGGCUGUGCAGUGCGUGGGUGGUGGCUGCCGCUGUGCUCGUGACUUACCAGCGUGGCUCACACGCUGUCAAACACAAGCUGCUAUGA